GAGGAGCGGACGGUUCGGGAGGCGGGAGGAGAUUGUGAGCACAGGUUAGGAAUGGAAACCGCGGCUGGACUGGGAACUGGAUCAACUUCUGGGGUAGGCCCCAGGCCCCGUGUUUACCCCGCGGUGACAGGCCCGGGGGGAGGGAGCGAUGGAGCCGGCGGCUGGACGGGGAGGAUUUGGAAACACUUUGUGGAUCUGCAAACCCUGAGGAAUAAUUGUCAGCUCCUGGUUUGCAGCUGCGGGGCUUCUCCCUCCCGGGAACAGGCCCAGGUUAACGGCCGCCAUCCUGGGUCAGCGAGUGGAGGAUGGUUCACAUCAGAGGAUGGGGGAGGGGAGACAAUAAAUAAGAGGUUACACUUUGGGCUCAAAUCUGAUCUGUGGGAAGGAAGGAAACCCUGGGAGGUGGGCGGGUAGGAUUCAGAAACACUCGCUGGAGGCCCCAAACCCCCAAUAAGAACCUGCAGGUCCCGCGUUUGCAGCUCGGGGUCUUUUUCCUUUAUGUGCGGCCAUCUUGAUUGAAGCAACAGAGAGUGGGCAGGGCUUCAGGGUCCCAGUGACCAGGAGAGAAAAUGAUUGAUUUUAUUCACCUGCACAGUGUGGCUGGAGAACUGAAUGCAGCCAGAUUGCAGGGAGAGAAAAAAAAAACUGGGAGUUGAGGUAUUAGAAGGGAAGGAUUUAUAAAUCUAAACAAGCAUUUUGGUUUGAGUCACUUGAUUAUUUUGGACCUGAAUAUCAUGAACCUUUGAAUGAGGAAGGAGUAAUGUUUGUCUCUUCAGUCUGUGGAAAAGAUUUCAAAUAUCAGUGUGACUGGAAAAGCACAGAGACACACACACCCGAGUGAGAGUGUUCCAGUGAACUGACUGUGGAAAGAGCUAUCACACCAUUCACAUCGGGGAGAAACCAUACAUGUGUUCUGUGUGUGGGUGAGUCUUCAACUUAUUGUCCAACCUGGAGAGACACAAGGACAGCCACACCAUGGAGAAACCGUGGAAAUGUGCGGACUGUGGAAAAAGAUUCACUUCAUCAUCCCGGCUGGAAAUCCAUCGACGCAUUCACACUGGGGAGAAGCCAUUCAGCUGUUCCGUGUGUGGGAAGGGAUUUACUAAGACAACCUACCUGAUGUUACACCAGAGAAUUCACACUGAGGAGAGGCCCUUCAGCUGCACUUACUGUGGGAAGAGGUUCAACAGUUCAUCCACCCUCGCAACACACCAGCGAAUUCACACUGGGGAGAAGCCAUUCACCUGCUCUGUGUGUGGAGAGGGAUUCACUCGGUCGUCCGGCCUUUGGACACACCAGCGAGUUCACACUGAGGAGAAGCCAUUCAGCUGCACUCACUGCGGAAAGAGUUUCGGGCAGUCGUCCACCCUCACUGCACACCAACGCACUCACACUGGGGAGAGACCGUUCACCUGCUCCGUGUGUGGGAAGAAGUUUUCUCAGUCAUUUGAUCUGGUGAGACACCAGCGACUUCACACUGGGGAGAGACCUUUCACCUGCUCCCUGUGUGGGAAGGGAUUCGCUCGGUUAUUCACCCUCCAGUCACACCACCGAAUUCACACUGAGGAGAGUCCGUUCAGCUGCACUACCUGUGGAAAGAGUUUCAGGCAGUCAUCCAACCUUCUGACUCACCAACGCACUCACACUGGAGAGAGACCUUUCACCUGCUCCUUAUGUGGGAAAGCUUUCACAAGGUCCUCCAGCCUGCUGAGACACCAGCAAAUUCAUCAGUGACUGCAGGGGUUGGAUUCUGUUGUUAUUGCUGCUGUUAAUCACAUCCAGGAUUGAUACUAUUGUGGAAUAUUGUGUGCAGUUUUGGUCUC